AUUUGGAGAAGCCCUUCAUCACUCAGCUCUACCUCUCCUUGCGUCACGUGGUGCUCCUCUGACUGGGGUGGUGGGUGUGUCUUAAGCAGUGGGGUUUCAUUCAUAAAUACUUUUAGCUUUAAAAUCCACAUUAAAGUGUCCACAGAAGAGUUCCGCGUUAUUGGCUUUGGCCCUCCACCCCUGUAUGAACCCGGUCGGUUGUUUAGCCAUGAAGCUUUGCCGUCCUGUUGCUCCGGGGCCAGCCCUGAGGGGGAUCACUGCUGCUCAGGCUCAGUCGUGCUGCUUGGGCUGAGGUGACUGAGGAUGCAGCAAGGGAGCUGAGGAAGAGACUCCUGACACACACAUCCAGAGCUGCUGCUGCGCACUGCCCUCCAUCAGGGGGGACUCUCUAGUUGGCCUGGACCAUGAGCAAUGAGUCUACCUUCUGGAACAUCCUACCAGAAAACUCCACGGAGAUCCCAUUUGAGGCUGAGGAGCAGCAGGAUGGCUACGUGCUCCUCCUGGUUAUCCUGUCCAUCCUCCUGGUAGGAACGUUGAUCUUCAUCUCUGUCCUCCUCAUCACCUGCCGCAGAGGAGGCCAAUUCUGUACCAGGGCCAGCGAUGACCCUGAGAAAACCAACACCACCUACGUGGAGGAGUCUCUGCCCACCCAUGAAAUCACCAUCAGGGUGGAUGAGUCCGAAUGCAUGUCAAUGGCCAGCUUUCACGACCAGGAGACCGAGCGCUUCCUCUCCACGGGAACAAUGGGCCGUCGCGUCUCCUUCAAUGAGGCUGCGCUCUUCGAUCAUGGCAAGAAGGCCCAGGAGAAGGGCCGCAGGUACACUCUGACCGAGGGCGACUUCCACCACCUGAAGAACGCACGGCUCACACACCUCCACAUCCCUCCCCCCGCCCUCAAGAUAGUCACCAUCCACGAGUGCGAUUCGGCCGAGAACAGCAUCACCAUGACGACUCGCCCUGUCGCUAAGUCGGCACUUUCCAUCUUCCAGCCGAUGCUGUGCCCCCUACCACAAACUGCGCUGACCAGCCUGAGUGUCAAUCCCAGCUGUGCCCUCCCUGGAGAUGCUCUGAACUCUGUGGUGAACACCAGCUUCAGUGAGAACACUAUCGCUCUCGGCACCAAAGGGCGAAUAACCAGCUCUAUCGAGAUGAUGGGAGCGGGGCCCCGGGGCCGAGGCAGCAGUGUUAGUGUUGGAGAAGGGGCCUUGGUGAGGAGCAGGGGUUCCCCUUAUGCGGCAGGAAGUCAGGGGCCUGUGCUGCAGUUCUUCACUAAACUGCGGCGCCAUGCUAGUCUGGAGGGGGCCAGUCCCUACUUCAAGAUCAAGAAAUGGAAGCUGGACAGCAGUCAAAGGGCCUCAAGUCUGGACACCAGAGGCUCCCCGAAGAGGAGACAUUUCCAGCGUCAACGAGCCGCCAGUGAGAGCAUGGACCAGGAGGACAACGACGCACACCACAUAGACCUCAUCCAGUACAUCGCCCGCACCCAGGACCUCCCCUACUGUCCCAGCAGCCACCCCACCACACGCCUCCUCUCACCUCCUUCCACACCACCCCCCUCCCUCGGCAGGGUAGAGGUGGAAGUGAUGGUGGAGGCCAGCUGCAGCCAUGGCGGACCAGGGGUGAUUGGCCUAUCCCCUGAUCCCCAGGAUGAAGCACUGUCCCUAUCAAGAAGGGAAGGUGCAGACCCUCUGGACCCCCCAGAUCCCCAGGAACCCCAGUCCCUUUACAAAGACAUCUGGAGCCUUCGUGCAACACUGGAAAAAUACGCCGCCUCCGACCACAGCAGCAACAACGACAGGAACUCCGUCUGCAGCGAUGUGGAGAGUGUGUGUUCUCUGGGGGGGCGCACAGAGAGAGGAGGGCUCCCCAGAUACCCGUCCCAGGAGUUAGGGGAUGAGGCAGAGGACAUUUCAAUGUUUAUUGAUGAGAGGUUGGAGGUGAAAGAGGGAAGAAAGAGGAAACAGGGAAGCACAGACUCAGAGCGAGGGAGCAGCGAUGGAGAAACAUCGACUCGUAAACUGCUGCAGAUGGACAGCGGCUACACGUCGAUAGAGGCUCCGUGUCGCGGUCCAGAAGACUUGCGACUGUUUGGGAGCGCCAGCAGCAGCCCGAAGGACAGAACAGCCCACGAGAAAAGGCACCACUUUACCAGCGCAGGGCGAAGUGGCACUAUCGGUGAGAGCUUUGAGUCUCACCACUUUGAGGAGGAACCGGAGGAUGAGAGCUUGUUGGGUGCCAGUGGAGGAGUUUCCAUAGAAACAGGUGCUAGUUCACUUAGCUGGUUACCGUACGGUCAGAUUCUCACACCUCGAGAGGCUGCAACGCCUUCGCCUCAACCACUAAUGCUGAUGCGGCGAGACUACAGCAUAGAUGAGAAGACGGACGCCCUCUUCCACGAGUUCCUCCGUCACGACCCUCAGUUUGACCAGCAGGAGUCGCCGCAGAGGAAGCACCGCUCACGGAUUCACCUCCGCAAGCAGUGGCAGCGGCACAAGCAGUGGAGCGACCCGGGAGUUAGGUACUUCCAGACCUCUUUUGAAAAACAGAGAACCCCGCUACGGAGGGGGGACAGUGUGAACUACCCUCUGGACACGAGCUACCACAGCACACUCCCCCGCAUCGUCAGCGCUCCCGACGAGGAGGCCAGCGACAGGACGGGCAGCACACCCGACAGGAAAAACAGGGAGCAGGGUGUCACCGAAAUCACAUCCUCUUCUCCACCACCUUGUGAUCUCUCCCUCUCAGAGCAAGAUGGAGGGCAGGUUGAGCACCACGACCUCCCUCCUGAUCCCCCGGACGAGCUCUGGCUCCUUCAGGCGCCCGACUCCCCAGGCCACGGCCCGCAGACCAUCACAGCAGAGCUCACGGACAAACUGACUGCUAACCUGGGCGAGAGGCUGUAUAUGGGCCUGCGCAGGGCCAGGGACACAGCCGCUGAGUGUGUGACGGUGACGGCCACACACACUUCUCCGGACCACAGCCCAGUGUAGCAGGGCUCCAGUCGCCCUCCUCGUCACUCCUGCUGAAACAGCUUUGUUUGAUUUGUCCCGACUCAGUUUAGAAUGGUGUGAUCCAGACCCAUAAACACACAAUGGAAAUGUCUGUCUGUCUUCAUAUCUGCUGUCAUUUAAUGUUCAAUGUUGCCAAGCUAACUUAUCAAAAAAAAUCUAUUAGUAACAGUUGUGUUCAUUGAUUGUUUCUGUCUCUACUGCUGCCUUCUUGUCUCUGCUCUCCAGUAUUAAUAAGUGAAGCUGAGGGCCAACAUGGCUUCUGUACUUGUUGAUCCACUGUGAAACCAGGUGCUAUUAGAUGAGUAGAAACCUAGAGAUCUGGACGCAACAGCUGGUCCCAUGAUCAUGCAUUGGUGGAAAAUAAGUAUGUUUAUCACUAUUCAUGAGAUAAAAAUGACUCCAUUGAUGUUAAUUAAGUCUUGUGAGAUACACUAGCUGAUCACACAAGCUGUUUAGAUCAGUAGUUCCUAACCAGUGGCGGUCUUAAGAGAAGUCUGAGAUAAUUUAAGUUAUUUAUAUUUACACUGAAUUAUAUUUAUUUUUAUAUUGUUUGGUUUUGUCCUAGGCAAUGAGCAGUUAAGGCCAUUUUAAGUCAGUCUGGAAGCCAUGAUAGCAAUUUCUAGGCACACUAAACAUUGAUUUAUUAAAUAUAUUUCGACAAGUUGUUAUUUCCAUAAGUUGGUUUACAGCAACCUGUCCAGCUUUGUCAAACUCUUCCAUGCUUGUGGCCAUGUUUUUUUUAUUUUUUUAAAGUAGUUAGUUAUCUAGCAUUGUUGGAAGAUGACAUCCCCAUUCUUUAUCCCGCCUACAAAGCUCUGAUUGGUUGAUGCUUAUCCCCAUUGUUUGAAAAGGUUGUUAAGUGAAUUUUGAUUCAAAACUAGACUUUACUUGAUUUAAGGGGUAGCUGAAAAGGUUGGGAACCAUUGGUUUAGAUAUAUACACAUAAUACAGUUAGAAAAUGCCAGGAAAGUUAACAAAGUGUCACUUUUGUCUUCAUUAAGUGUCUGACUUGUCAUGAUGUUGGUUGUUUUUGACUGAAAAUACUUCUAAGCUAUGUGAAAACUGUUGAAUAAGUUGUAAUAUAUAUUUUGGUACAUGCAUUGCUGAAAUGACAAUGUAAACUGAUUGGCUGGUCUGAAGAGGACAGGUUAGGACUUAACAAACCAGACAGCCACUUGCACUUGGGUAUGAUCUUCAUCAGUCACAGAGAUGACAUUAAUCUCCAUGAACUAUGACUCUUAGUGCUUUAGGCAUCACUGACAUGAGGCGAGCAGUUACAUUACAGCUUUUAAACAAGAUGGCUGCCCUCACAGACAUUUGUUGUCAAUUUGUAAGAAAGGCAUGCUUUCUUGUGCAUGGGGCUCACAGAACAGUCUUCAUUUAUCCGCAUCUGACAUUCUUGUUUUCUCCUCCUCUCCCUCUUCUCCUGAGAAAGUUGACAGUGAAGUAGAUGCCUCCCUCGGGGGCCGAGGACUUCACUUCCUGCCAGCUUAUAAAACCAGGCUGAACAAAGAUGUUGUUUGUUGUUAGGUCCACUUGGUUUGUUUUCUUUCUCUUUUUUGGCUUCCUCUGUGCGAUUGAAAACAAACCACUACUGCCACUCAAAUGAAACCCCAAUAACAGAUUAUGUUCUGUGGGCAAAGAAUGAUGUUGAAAACCCACUUUUGCUCACAGAUCUUAGUUUUUACAUCCUCAGCAGUAGCAGCAGGUUGAUUCUCGCUCAUAAAACGUCGAUCUCAGAGGGGCUGUUGGGCUUUCCGUUUCUCCCACGUGCGGGGAGGGGAGCCACUGCUGAAGAUGGUGUUGAAUACUAAUCAAAACGAGAAGGAUUUCCACCUUUCAUCCCCCUGCCUCCCCUUCCUCGUUGUUUGAGGCUAUUACCAUGCAGUAAAUUGAAAUCACUGCAUAGAAAAUCAGGGGAGAAAAACAUUAUCCGCCUCUCUUUGUCUGGGUGUGAUGAUGCUCCUUCCCAGCCUGCAUAGAUUAGAUCUCUCCUGACAGUGUGACAGGAGUCUCCUCUUGUGGCUAAGUGCAGAUGCUGCGUUCCUCAUUAGGAGGGCAGUGACUGAGAUGAAAGAAGGUGAACUCAAAUAAGGAGUAGAAAGUGAUUUGUCUUUGGAUCUCUCCUUUUCCUUCACGCAGGCUCCCCUCCGACACACAUUAUUUCACCAUGAAGAAACACAAUGUGCUCAGGCACAAUUUUGUGCAAUCAAAAAUGGUUAUGCCAGCGCUAAUCAGCAGAAAGGAAAUUAAAUCCCCCCCUCUGAUAUAAUGGAGCUGAUGCCUCCCUGAUGAUAAAAAUUACUCCGCAGAGAAAGUGGAAUACAGCUUCAUUUCCCACAGAUAUAAAACUAGAAUGUCUUCGAGCUGAAUCAAACACAACAGUCUAAAGGAAUUUGCCAUACGGGGUGAUUUUCCGUACAUGUGUACAAAGAUUGCUGUGUAUACAAGCACAAUGUCACAGGAGCUAGACUAAAUGGAUGUCCUUUAUUAGGUUUAGACAGAUGCUGUGUACCUGGAGACACUGUGGUAAAUGGUGUUUGUAAACUAACCAGUAGCCUGUCAAUGCAUCGAUGCUGUGUGUAGGUCUGCAUGAGAGUUAACAUUUUAGUAUAGAAAUCCUUAUGUUUUCUUAGACUUACGGUACAAGAUUUACCUUGAGUUACUGAUCCUUUGGUAAAAGGCAGAAGCCGAAACAUUGGUAUGACCUAGAGAUUUUGUACUUUUGAGAGUCAUGCUAGAAUGCUGUAACUGAUGAGAUUUUGUGAGAUUUAUCUCUUGAAAAUAGAAGUAUUUCUGUAUUCCUUGCUUGUUAGUAAAUCGCUUAAUUUCUCAAAGGAAAAAAAAAAGAUGAGCUUUCUUAACAACUUUGCUUUUGUUGAUCCAAAUGUAUUGAGCCUUGAGGGACCAAAUUAUAUUUAAAAAAAAGUGUUAUUUUAGGAUUGUUUUCCAAUCUGUGAAUAAAUGAAUGAAGCAAAA